AUGCUUUUGGCGGAUACAAAUGUUGAGCUUUACUCUACUGAUGUGCCGCCAUUAUCCGGAAAUGUUAUUGGAUAUCAUAUCACCCAACCAUGUCAUCAAUGUAUGGAAUCUUGUAAUAAUGGUCAUCUUUGGAUGUUUCAUACUGCGGUGGUUACCAGUCAAGAGAGAAAAGAUGUUGAGGGAAAAACAUUAUUAUGGGCUAACAUUCCACGUGCAGAAAAGGAUAUAGAAGUUAUGAAUAUAGAAGAUGAUGAAAAAAAAUACGCAGUAAUCUGA